UUCAAACUCAGCGUGCACCGCACUCCACACGAUACUUGCCCACCCUCCUAACCGAGUAACCGUUGACUCGUCUCGAGUACGACUUCUUCUACAACGACUCUCUUCAUCUUCCUUGAAAAAUCCUUCAACACAACCCUUUAAUGGCGGCUUCCUAAUCAAUACCUAAUUUCCCCUUCACUCUCUCUCUCUCAUUUCCUUCCAAAAUGAAUAGCACCGUUCAAGCUGUACUUGCCGCCACUGCUACUUUCUUCUUAAUCUCUGCUCUAUUUGCUUUCAUCUGUCUCGUCUGUAAAUCAUCCAAAGCUCGCUCCCGCAGCCACAACCACCAACCUCUACCCCAACGCCAAACACGCGGCUUGAACGGCCACCGAACCGUACCCAAUUCUCACCUCUCCUCCAUAACAAUUGAUGAAAGCGCCACUUUUGACCCUACUCUGAACCGGAUCUCCAUGGAGGAGCUAAAAAUCGCUACCAAGAAUUUCUCCGCUGAUUUGAUCAUCGGCGAUGGCAGUUUUGGGUUUGUAUACAAAGCCACGCUUUCCGACGGCGUCACCGUGGCCAUCAAGAAGCUCGACCCCGACGCCUUUCAAGGUUUUCGGGAGUUCCGAGCAGAGAUGGAAACCUUAGGUAAGCUCCAACACCCAAAUAUUGUGAGAAUUCUUGGGUACUGCGUGUCCGGUAUCGAACGGGUGUUAAUUUACGAGUUCAUUGAGAAAGGCAACCUGGACCAAUGGUUGCACGACACGUCGCCGGGAAGCGAACAGUUGGGAAAUUUACCGUUGUCUUGGGAGACGAGGAUUAAGGCAGUGAGAGGCAUUGCAAAUGGACUUGCAUAUCUGCAUCAGCUGGACACUCCAAUUAUACAUAGGGAUAUAAAGGCUAGCAAUGUCUUAUUGGACUCGGACUUUGAAGCCCAUAUUGCCGAUUUUGGGCUGGCACGUGCGAUCGACGGGUCACAUUCUCAUGUGUCGACACAGGUGGCCGGAACCAUGGGAUAUAUGCCACCGGAGUACAAAGAGGGAGUGACAGCCGCCACGGCAAAGGCAGAUGUUUAUAGUUUUGGGAUACUGAUGAUCGAAAUUGCCACGGCGGAGAGGCCUAAUUUGCCCAUGGUUUUAGAGGGGAAGGAGAUGGGAUUGAUAGUAUGGGCAAGGAAAAUGUUGGAGCAAAAUAAGCAUAUGGAAAUGUUAGAUUCAAAAAUGGCAAAGGAAGGUUUAAGGGAAGAAAAAGUGGAGGAAUACUUUGGAAUUGCUUCAAUGUGUACAAGGGAAAUAAUGAUGGAUAGGCCAGUGAUGAGUGAGGUUGUUCAUUUGUUGGAUCGGCUCGCCACAUAAGGCUGGAAGAUGUUGCUAUGCUAUUGCUAAUUGCCACCAAGUAAUGUAAAUAGCUAUUUGCAUAAGAAUGUAGGUACAAGGGUAGUUGUCAGAAUUACCGAUUAGCGAGCUCAAAAUUAUGCUUGUUUCUUCAAGAUUAUUGUUUUCAAACAAAUGGUGUCUUGAGUUUAUUAUUCACAUUUCAACAAAGAUUUUUCAGCAUAAUGAGAAGGUGGUCCUAGACCAUUUUAUAAA